AUGAGCAAGGACCAAGAUUUACAGGAUGUUGAUCUUAGUAUUAUGGCAAAGUCAAACAUAGCUAUUACAAGUUCUGAACAAGAUGAAAAGCAAUCCAUGAGAUUCCUGAACAUAAAGAAGACAAAUAUAGAUCUCAAGGGUGAUCAGAAGAUGAGCAAGGACCAAGAUUUACAGGAUGUUGAUCUUAGUAUUAUGGCAAAGUCAAACAUAGCUAUUACAAGUUCUGAACAAGAUGAAAAGCAAUCCAUGAGGUAUCUGAAUAAUGGAUGUUCGAGACAUAUGACAAGUGAUCCAACCAGAUUCACAAGUCUCUCUCACAAGACAAGCGGCCAUGUUACUUUUGGUGACAAUAACAAGGGUAAAAUCAUUGGAAUUGGUAAAAUCCAAACAUCAUCUUCAUAUGAAAUUGAAAACGUGUUGCUUGUUUUAGGACUAAAACAUAAUUUGCAGAUAAGUGCUUCCUUUGCCUUGUGUGCAUAG